AUGAGAUUGUCACUAGGUGAAAAUAACAACAUACAAGAACUCAAAAAUUUUGCAGAAUGGCUACUCAAAAUUGAUGAUGGUUUGGCUGGUGAUACAACAGAUGGUGAAUCGAUCGUUCAUAUACCAUCUGACAUUUUGAUUAAGAGCUCUGAGACAGAUAGAGCUAGUCUUGCACCAACUUUAGAUUGUGUCACUAAUGUCAACAACAAGAUGACUGCAGAGUUACCUGGACAAGAAAGAAUCUACUUAAGUUCAGACUCUGUGUGUGCUGAAGAGGGGAAUAUGGAAUUUGAGUUAGAUGCUUUCUCGCCGGAGAUUUUAAAUGUAAUAAAUUGUUCAGGUCUACCACCACACAAGUUGGUUCUGAAGGUUGGUGCUCAAUGGCUACUCAAAAUUGGUGAUGGUUUGGCUGGUGAUACAACAGAUGAUAUGUUAUCCAAUUUAUCCGUUGAAAAUUAUUUCAAGGAUAUAGUAAUUCUUGCACCAACUUUGGAUUGUGUCACUGAUGUCAACAACAAGAUGACUGCAGGGUUACCUGGACAAGAAAGAGUCUACUUAAGUUCAGACUCUAUGUGUGCUGAAGAGGAAAAUAUGGAAUUUGAGUUAGAUGCUUUCUCGCCGGAGAUUCUAAAUGGAAUAAAUUGUUCAGGUCUACCACCACACAAGUUGGUUUUGAAGGUUGGCGCUCCUGUUAUGUUGCUGCGGAAUAUAGACCAAACUAAUGGUUUGUGCAAUGGAACGAGGAUGCAAGUUAGAAGAAUGGGAAAUCAUGUGAUAGAAUGCAAGACUUUAACUGGUAACAAAGUUAGAAGUAUUGUUCUUAUCCCAAGACUGAAUCUAAUUCCAAAUAAUGAAACAUUGCCGGUCAGGUAUCAAAGGAUAGCAUUGAAUUGUUAUUCAGGAAUUCGUUGCUUGAAAUGUUUCUCCUUUUUGAGAAAUUCAUAUCAAACACCCCGAAAUACUGAUGGUACAGGGAUAUCGGCGAAUGGCGAAUUGCCGAAUGAUGCUGGUGUCAUCUCCGGAGCUGUGAAAUAG